AUGUUCAAGAAGUAUAAGAAUCAAGACUUAGAUAUGACCUUCUGGUGGAAAAAGAAUCCUAAGUCCCCUCAAGACUAUGUCAAAUUUAUUAGCGAUCAACUUAGUAAGAUAGAAUCUAGUUCCACUCAGGAUAGUAAGCGGAAGGCUCAAGAGGAAGUUUCCAAAUAUUUGAUGUACACGAAACAUUUCAUUCUUGGUGAUACUGAUCCACGUCCGAAUGCAGAGUCUAUUGAUGAACUUUAUGGUGCCAUAUAUAGGGCGGAGUUGUUCUACGAUUUGCUGAUACACUUUGGAGAUCUAGAAUUCGAGGCAAGGAAAGAAGUUACACUGAUAUUUUCGAUUUGUUUGAGGUAUUCUAAGGAUAAUAAACUGGUUACUGUGGAUUAUUUGGUAUCGAAACCUAAGACGAUAUAUACGAUGUUGAGAACAGUGGAGUCGGCUAUGCAGAGAAAGACAGCCAACGAUGUUUUCUUAACGGUGGGGAAUAUGAUAAUGGAAUGUAUUAAGUACGAACAGUUAUGUCGUAUCAUUUUGCAAGACCCUCAGUUGUGGAAGCUCUUUGAUAUUGUGAGGUUUGGGAAUUUUGAAACCAGUACAGAAUCUCUGCAGAUUUUGAGUUCAGCAUUAACCACGCAUACAAAGUUGGUCUCCAAGGAGUUUUUUAAUAAUGAGAAUAAUAUGAAUAAAUUCAUCCAGAAUAUUAAUAAACUUAUGGCGCACGGAUCUUAUGUGACAAAAAGGCAAAGCACUAAAUUAUUGGCAUCUUUGAUUGUGAUUAGGUCUAAUAAUCAAUUGAUGAAUACGUAUAUCAAUUCGCUGGACAACCUGAAAUUGAUAAUGGUAUUGAUGACAGAUAAAUCCAAAAAUUUGCAACACGAAGCAUUUAACGUCUUUAAAGUCAUAGUAGCCAAUCCGAGGAAGUCAAAACCGGUUUUUGAUAUUUUGGUUAAAAACAGGGAAAAAUUGUUGAAAUAUUUUGAAACUUUUGGUUUGGAAUGCCAGGAACCAACUUUUAUCGAUGAAAAGGAAUUUAUUGUGCAGGAAAUUGAAUCUCUUCCUCGCAUCGUGUCUUCAAACAACAUUGAUGGGAAUGCGAAUGUAACGACAUCUCCUACAGGGAACGUAGCUGCGGCUCAGGAUAUGGUAUAA